AUGAUCUCUUCAGGGCACCAGCCACGUUCCUGUAAAGAAAUAUACGACCAGAACAGGUAAGGAACGAACAAUCACAAUCACACAGAAAAUUUUUUGCAAGAAAACUAGUCAAAGCAAGAAGCGCAGAGAAAAGGGAAAGAAAUCAUGUAUUAACUUCGGAUCCACGACACUGCUACAGGAUUGUGCCUAAGGAAAGGAAAAAAAAUACAUCCGUAUAAGAUAUUCAAUAGUUUUUCCUGUAAGAAAGAAUGGAAAAAAAACUUAUAAAAUUGAAAUCCCAGGGAGUCAGUUUUUAUCUAGAGGUGGAAGGUGUGGCCUCCAUUGCUGACCGAUACUAUAGGAAUUUUAGGGAGGGAUUCAAGAGAAAAUGAACUGCGUUGGUUCCUUAUAUUAACGGAGCGGAUCUGAUAUCCCGUUAAGAUACACAUCAAGUACCCAUUUCGAAUACCUACAUAGCCAUGUAACAAGCCUCUACUUGUUGAAAAAAUGAAGACGUCUUUAGUAAUUUCAUUGACAGUGAUAGUACUAAACCAUGACUUCUCAGCAGCCUUUCUUAUAUGUAAAUGCAAAAAUUCUGCCUAUUACCUUCUUAUAUUAUGAAGCAGUUUGUGAAUUAAUGCUCGAUGUUCAUAACAACGGUGCACCUUCUAACAUCAUAAAACUUUUCACGAGAACUUCAAACAUCUAUACAUAUACUACUCGCUCAUCAACGUCACAACUCUUAAACGUUGGGUAGUCCAGGCUUAAAAUGCAAAGAAAGGCCUUUUCGCGUGUUGGUGUCAAAGUCUGGAAUGAGAUACCUAGUGAAUAUAAAAACUUCUCAAAGAAAAUCUUUCAAAAAAAGAAACAAAAAGAGCUCUUCUCAAUAUUCUAGAUACUGAAGAUUCUUAUAUGAGGCCUGAUGACAUAGUGCUAAAAUUCAAACACAGCAAAAUUGAACCAAAUUGAACCAGUUCUACAAUAUUUUUCGUGCACUUAAAAACUCUAGGACUUACUCUCCUUUACAAUGAACAUCUGUCAUUUUCCUUUUUUUCUUUUCUUGUGUAUCAUUUGGCUUUUUAUGUUGUAUUUCUUCAUUUCCGUUUUAUUUCCAGUGUAAUCAAAUUAAGUUAGUUAAGAAAGAAAAAUAAAUUGACCCGUCUCGAUUAGCAUUUGCUAUCUGCGAGUCAAAGGAAUAUCUUGUAAAUAUGUAUGAAAAUAAAAAUAAAAAUGUGUGCGUGUGUUUUUCAAUGCCAUUUCACGUAGUUCUAUUUCAUUUUUGCGUUGCGUGACCGUCCAAGAAAUUAAUGUAAGAGUCAACUCUUUUCCCAGCGCCAGCUCCAACAAGGCAUAUACCCUCAGGUUAGACAAUGGAGAUCUGCCUGUGUACUGUUCCAUGAGUGGGGAGCUCGGAGAAUGCGGAGAUGGCGGAUGGACGCUGGUCAUGAAGAUCGAUGGUGAAAAGGCAUGUUUGAGAUUCCGUAGCUCUACCAAUUCAAUGGACUUCUGUUCUUCGAGUUUUCUGAGUGAAAACUAACUCGUUUCUUAUUUCGCCCACUCCUGUUUGUUGUAAAGUAAUCAUGAGAUUACAUUGAGCGAUCCUAGAUAUAUUUUAGUUACUCAAAAUGUUUUCCUAUUCUCAAAACAUAAAAGAUAUUGGAAUAUGGUCAUCCUUCAAGAGGAAUGUCCUUCGAAAUUUUCUUCACUUCAUGACUCAGCCUUUUUUGAACUUUGAGGCGAGAGUGACAUGUAUCUCUAGCACCCUUUUUGAUUGAUUAUGCAAAGUAAUCACAAUUUUAAGACAAUCAGAGGAGAUGAAACUAUCACGAUAGGCAAAUGACAAGUUAAAGUAAACAAAUUAAAACAAAACAAAAAACAAAAAACAAAAACAAAAAAAGGAAACUGUUCAAAGAGCAGGAAGGCUCGAGUGAUUAAGUCAAGACUAACUCUAGAGCGCUUUAAGAUUGACAACCAAAACCAAAGUAUUUACAAACGCCAAUCAGAGGAAAGGAAAAUACCUUAGAGAGCCAAUUAAUGAGAACUCAAAUUGAAAACAAGCAAACCAUCCAAAGCGCGGGAAAACGAGGGCGACCAAGUCGUGAUUCGUGCUAGUGUUACAUCUGAUUGGUUGAGAGAGUACAAUGCAAUGUAAUCCCGCCUUACUUUCAAUUGAAAAUUGCUUUUUUAUAACAUCCUACCAGUUGAGGGACUGGCGUAAGUUUGAUGGAGCACUCAUAAAGCAAAGGGAAGCAGUAACAAUUCAAUUCCGAAUUAUUUUCGUUUCUAACUUGGAAAUUGCUUCAUCUUGCAGAACACCUUCUGGUAUGGUUCAAACAGGUGGUAUGACAGGUCUUCAUUCUCUCCCCAAAAUGGAGACACUGGGUUGGAUCACUUGGAGACCCUGUUACCAACCUACUGGAGCACGUCCUUCACCAAGAUCUGUCUCGGUAUGAAGGUCAAUGGAGUAACCAGGUUCUUGCAAGUGGAUAAGGCAGCAGCCUCACUGUAUGACCUCAUUGCUGAUGGUGAAUACCGUCCUACUUCGCUGGGUCGGGAUGAAUGGAAGACGCUGAUUGGUUCCGAUGCCUCUCUGCAGCUUAAAUGUAACAAAGAAGGGUUCAACUCGCAAGGAACUAUGCACCGUACCUCGAGUUUCGAAUUGGAAUCAUCGCUAAUCAAGAAAACGAUUGCAACUUCCCUGAUUCCAGAAUCGGAUUUGGUGGAGGAGGGUCAGGAUUCGAAAACGCCUGUGGAAACGGAGCCUCGUGGGGUGCGGACAACGGAGACAAAAAUAUCAAGGCUUUCGGCUACAUCUUCGUUC